GUUAAUCGUCUCGUGUCUGAGCUAAGAACGUCUUAAGAGUGAAGAAUAUUUGUAAUCUAUGGAUCUCUUUUCUGUGUGUAUGGAUGUCAAGUGUCAUAGUAUGAUUUCAAUUUUCAUUGUAAAUAUCAGCAUUUAAAUUCUUAGAAAUUCUCAAUUUUUUCUGAAUUGAAUAUAAAUAAUGACUAUCCAUGAUGCUGAUAUAAAUCAAAUACCCGUGCGACCCAUUGCAACUCUGGCAGAUAGAAGAGAAGCAAGAAGGAGGAAAAUUUUGGAAAAUGCAGAAAAUCGUUUGAAGAAAUUAACUGGAGUGGAACAAAAAUCUCAUAUUCUCAUCGAUGAUUUCCGCCCUAUACAAUAUGAAGAAAGAAAUACUGAUAACGAUGAUACAAGGCUUGUAAACGAUGUACUGCCUAAUUCAACAUCGAAUUCUACUGAUCAGCUCUCUUCUUGGCAGUCCUCACAUAAUGUGAACUCUUCAAAUGGACUAGGAGAUUGGAAGAAUAAUAAACUUACCAUCUUGAUUGGUAUUGCACUGAUGGCAAAUUUAUUCACUAUAUUAUCAACAAUUUUCUACGAGGAUACUGACUCAAGUCUGGGUUAUAAUAUGAUAUUUCUUCCAUUUUUAGGUUUCAAAUGCUUAGAAUUUUAUUUACAGAAAAAAGGUAUUCCUGAAACUAAUAUUCUCCAAUUAUUUUUAAUGUCAAAUUUGAAGAAUAAUCAUCUUAAAAGAAUGCUCAUGUAUACUCAGUUCUUGACUAGUUUCACUCAAGAUUUGUGUAUAUACUUCUUUGUCUUCGUUUGUAUAAAUAAAUUUAUACAGAUAAUUACAAUAUUCAGAUGAUAACUGUAGAUUGCUUUAUUGUUUGAAAACUUCCAUUAUUUUCCUACAUAAAUAUUGUAUAUUUUAUUGAAUAAAAUUGAUGAGAACAAAGU